UAAUUCUUUUCUUUAACGAUAGCAGAUUGUCAAGCGAUAUCAUAUUUUCCUUAGACUUGCAGUUUAUCGUAACUAGCUAGCGUUAACUAGCAGGGUAAUUCGUCCGAAGCCUGGACAUAGGACUUAACGCCUAUAACCUGAAAGUUCGUGUUAAUUCAGUUCAUGAAGAUUAAGAGAAAACAGAAAGAGAAAUUAGAAAACAAUACGACUUAACGAUGUCAUUCGGAGAGCUCGACAUUUAAACCAAGCUACUACAAAAAACGUAAGAGCUGUCGAGUUGUUGCUCAUACAUGGUAAUCCUCAACGGCCUCCCCCACUUGUCAAUACCUAAAAUUACCACAGCGAACAGCUGAGCUCGUGUCUGCUGCCUGCGCGCGUUCUGUCUCCCUCACGCUCUCUGUGUCGCUCCGUCUCUAUUGCUGUCGCUUUCCCCCUAAUUAUUACAAUGACACGGUUUAGUUAUGCGGAAUAUCUUUCGUUGUUUCAUUCAAGUGGUACGAGGAGUAACGCUGCGUUGUCCGUGAUUGUCGGUGGUGACCGCCAAUGUUUUGACAGUGGACGGCGAUGUAGGAACCCCGGCGACGUCACUGCAAACCCUUCAGAGGAUGUACAGCCCAUGAUAACUGCAGUUAGAAACGGUGAAGUGCAGAGAGUAUCUGAACUAGCAGCAUCUACUACUACAUAUAUCCCAACAAAUUCAGCGAUGGAAGACUGGACAGCUCUGCACGAAGCAGCUCACUGUGGUCAUGUUAACUGUAUGAAAGCUCUACUCAAAGUUAAACCCACUUCAGUAGAUAAGCGCACGCUCCAAGAGCAGACAGCUCUGCUAAUUGCAACUGACAGAAAACACCUGGAGUGUGUGAAGUGUCUUCUGGAGGCAGGAGCAGACCCAGAUAUCAGUAAUAAAAACAAAGAGACACCACUGUAUAAAGCUUGUCAACAAGGGAGCAUUGACAUAGUGAGAGUAAUCUUGGCAUUUGGAGGUUCAGUAAACCAGCGGUGUUAUCGGGGCUGGACAGCCCUUCAUGAAGCAGUAAGACAUGGAAGCCCAGAGCUCUGCGAGACCCUUCUUCAGGCUGGAGCUGCUAUAGACGCCCCCAACGCUCAUGGCAUCACCCCACUCCUAGAGGCAGCACGGCAUGGGAGGACAACGAUCAUGGAUUAUCUCAUCUGUAAAGGUGCUGGUGUGAACCUGCAGUCGUGUGAGGGGACUACUGCCCUGAGUGAAGCCAGCAAGCAUGGCCAAAGAGGCAUGAUAGAGCUUCUGCUUAGACACCAUGCAGAUGCCAACAAAGCCUCCAAAACUGGACUCCUGCCUCUCCAUAUCGCUGCCCAGCAUGGCCAAAGAGAGAUUGUCUCUUUGCUUCUACCUGUCACUAGUAGAGUUAAAAUACGGCAAAGCGGCAUCACCCCCCUCCAUCUGGCAGCUGAGUUCAACCAGGAAGAGGUUGUGAACUUCUUGAUCAAAAUAGGCUGCGACGUCAAUGCCAGGCUGUCUCAUGAGCGAUCAGCCAUGUUUCAUGACCACCGCACCACUGCUCUGUACUGUGCCGUUGCAGCGGGCAACGCAGGAGUUGUGGACAGCUUGCUUAGGGCUGGAGCCAACCCAAACCUGGACCCUUUCAGCCCACUGCUGGUUGCAGUGCGCCAGGGCAGCUUCAGGAUUAUUUCCUCACUAGUGGAACAUGGUGCUGAUGUAAAUGUUCACAUACCAGCUCAUCCCACAGAUUUUCCAGGAGUGCUGUUUUGCACACAUCAUCAGGGACUUUUACGGUAUCUGCUGGACAAUGGCUGCCAGGCACAGGAUUGUUUUAGGUGUGACCAUACAGACUCCAGGCAAACUGUCUCCAUCUCUCAAAAUGUGAGAGGGGAUACAAGCCAGAGGACACACUCGGAGAUGGAAAAUGCAGUUCCAUCACAAACAAGCUGCACAGAUUCAGCCUCCAGAGAUCUACAGUUUUGUGAAUGGGUCACCUCCCCAUCUGUGUGUCAUAUGGCUGCACCUCUGAUCAGCCUGCUCCUGGAGUAUACAGGGAACGUCCGAUUGUGUUCCAGAGUGACUGAAUGCUUAAACGGCAAGCAAGAGUGGGUUGCCAUUAAAGGAAAAGCUUUUUCUCCUCGCCCUCUCAUGCACCUGUGCAGACUGAAGGUUCGUGAGCAGGUUGGUGCCCAGAGACUGCUGUUACUCAACACUCUUCCACUUCCAGGCAGACUUCUCCACUACCUGUACUGGUCCCAGACAGACACCAGAGAAUGCCUAGGUGCAAAACUCAGGCCAGCUCCAAAUCAAAGUGCAGGAUGACAUGGCCACUUAAGUGUUCUCUUAUCUCCAGUGUCAGUGUCCGUUUCCACACCAUUCUGGAAAAGUUAGGCCAAGGGAAGGAUUCCGUGGUGAAACAGAUAAGCACACGUGAAAUUCUAAAGAAUGUUGCUUCUGGUGCAGUAAAUUUCUUUUUGUUUAAGCAUUGUUGACUAUUUUGUUAGGGGGGUUUUGUGCUUUUUGUGUGCAUUUGCAUAUUUAUGUAAAGGAAAGAUGAUAGUUUUUUAGUAUUUCUCUAAUGAAUCAUUCAGUAAGUCCACACAAGAUGGUUUUAAUUUUGCAGAAUAUUAGUCGUAUAUUUACAGUUGCAGGAAAACAUUGUCCAGACUAUAACCAAAGAAACAAUUGUCUAAAUGCAUUAAUCACACUGCGGAACAUGGCUGCUCAGUAGACUGAAGCUGUGUGUCACUCUAGUGACUUACCCAAAAUUAUGUAAUAUAUGCAAAAUUGCAUGGUAUAUAGGAAUAAGAGAAAUGGGUUCAAGAAAAAGGGUUGCAGAAAUGUGCUUGUGAAAUGUGACCAUUCUUGCUUUUUUAAAAUUUUAUUUCCUUUUUGUUUACACCAAGGAUAAGUUAAACUCUAUUGAGAGACUCUGGCUUUAUUUAAUAACCAACCAUAAGAUGAAUUUAACAGAAGAUGCACAAGACUGAUGGGCAAACAGACUGUAGUUGAUCUUUCCAAAUAUGCAUAUAAUAAUGUAUUAAAAGUGUGACAAAAAAUAGUGGAAUUAAAAUACUGUUUUGCUUUAUCUAAAUGAUUUGAGGUAGCAUAAAAUAACAUUUAUGACUUUUUAUAAAUGUAUUUCAGAAUUUUUUAAAAUGUAUUUACAAAUAUACUGCACAGAUAUUAUUUGAAUUGUAUUGUGGAAUAUCUCAGGCACCAAUUAUCUGCAGAAUAUCCGUACGCUUAAAUAUCGGUGAUUUAUGUCAUUUCAUCACCAAUAAAGUUAAUUUUAACCGUUAA